AUGGAUAAAGAUAUUGAUGCUACUUGGGAUAAAGACGGUGAACUUCUCGCCAAUUAUUGUUUGAAUGAAUGGUUAAUUUUACCUGAAUAUCCUAUUAUGUAUGGAUAUUUUCAAUUUGUCUAUUUAAAUAAUCGAUCAAUCAAUGAAUUUAAAAUUAAUAUCGUACCUAACUUCAUAUGUUUUGAUGCACGAAGAUGUCCUGUAUUAUUAUCUAGAAUAGUUCCCAUAAAAAUAAUCGAUAGUCUUACAUGUUGUCGAUCUUCUGAUCUAAUUGAAGCAUCUCCGAGAAAAUAUUUUCCUAUGUUUUAUGAGUUUCGGAAUCUCUAUCAUGAAUGUUCAACUACUGGUAAUGAAACAUCAUGUGCAGAUUCAUCUUAUUUUCAUUGUUAUAAAUCUUUAAAAUGCAUAUCAUAUAACCGCGUUGGUGAUGGAUUCAAUGAUUGUUAUCAUAAUGAAGAUGAAUUAUUUCCUACAUGUCAUCUGAAUAUCUCAAACCGAUUUAAUUGUGUUAAUCAAACAAAAACAUGUUUUUGUCCACCAAAUUAUUUUGAUUCUCAAUGUCAAUGGCAGAGUCAACGUGUGAGUUUGACUUUACAGUUUCGAACACAAAGUAUUACUGUUUCUCCAAUUAUUUUUCAAUUUAUCAUCAUGCUCAUUGAUGAACAAGGAAAUAUUGCAUCCAAUUAUGAACAAAUAACAUAUAUGCCUGCUCAUGAUUGUAAUAGAAAAUUUAAUAUCUAUUUACUGUAUCCACAUCGGCCUAAAUAUUCAUCAAGAAAUGAUUCUAUUCGUAUUGAUCUUUUUGACAAAUUAACAUUAGAUUAUUGGACAAGUUGGUAUUUACCAAUUCCAUUUCAGUUUCUUCCUGUUAAUCGAAUAUCAGCUCAGCUAAACAUUACUGAAGUACGAGAAAAUAAACUAUGUGCACUAUCAUGUGGAGAGCAUGGUCAGUGUAUGAGAUAUACAAAUAUGAAUAAUUCAGUUUUUUGUCGAUGUGAUCAAGGAUAUUCUGGUAUUUUCUGUAAUAUUACAUAUCAAUGUCAAUGUUCAAAUGACUCAUUCUGUCUUGCUCCAUCUAUUUGUGUAUGUCCCUUGAAUAAGUUUGGCUCACAUUGUUAUUUGAAAAGAUCAAUAUGUCAAUCAGUGAACAAUCCAUGUCAACACAAUGGACUUUGUAUAGCAAUUGAUGUUCGUAUUAAUUUACAUGAAUUUAUCUGUAUUUGUAAAGAAGGUUAUCAAGGUGAACGAUGUCAAUACAAAAGCAAUCAAAUUGAUAUUCGUAUAGAUGAGACUAUAGUAGCAAUAAGUUCAUCAUUCAUUCUACAUUACAUAACGGUAUUUGACAAAUAUAAAAACUAUGAACGAAUGACUACGCUAAAAAAGAUUGCUUUCGGUUACAAUACUAUGACUAUUUAUGUACAACAACCAUUUAACAUGAUUUUUAUACAAAUACCUGAUGGCGAUUAUUAUCUAAUUGUUUUAAGAGAAAAAUUUAUACCAUCAGAAUAUAUUCAUACUCAAGUAUUACCAAAGAAUCGUUGUUAUCCAGUUCUUCAUCUUUUUAAUGACACUUUUCGUCAGUUUGAACAUCUACGACUGGUAAAAUAUUAUCCACUUUUAUGUCGUCAAAAUCUAGAAUUGAUGUGCUUUUAUGAUGAAUAUUACAUGUGUGUAUGUGAUAGUGAUCGUUAUUCAAAUUGUUUUCAAUUUAAGCAUACGAUGAAAAAUGAUUGUAGCGGAAAAAAUCUUUGUUAUAAUAAUGGUCGAUGUUUUCGUAACAACGAAACUUGUCCAACAACAUUUAUGUGUGUAUGUAAUGACUGCUACUAUGGAAGACAAUGUCAAUUUUCAACAAAAGAUUUCAUUUUUUCACUCGAUCCAAUUCUUGGAUAUCAUAUCAAACCAAAUGCUUCAUUUCAUCAACAACCAUUUAUUGUCAUAUUCAGCAUUAUUAUUACUACGAUUAUGUUAAUUUCACAAUUAAUCAUGGAUUCAUUAUCUAUAGCAACAUUCAAAUUGAAAAAUUCAAGGGAAGUUGGUUGUGGUUAUUAUCUUCUUGCAUCAUCAAUUACUUCAAUGUGUAUGAUUAUUGUAUUAAUAAUUAAAUUUUGGCAACUUAUUCUUUCACAAAUGUCAAUCAUAACUAAUAGAUCAAUACUUUCUAUUAAUUGUAAAUCAAUUGAAAUUAUUCUUAAAUCUGGUUUAACAUCAACUGAAUGGCUUAAUGCAUGUGUAUCUAUUGAAAGAAUGUUUAAUAUUAUGAGUGGUAUAUCAUUUAACAAAACAGCAAGUAGAAUAAUUGCUAAACGAGUAAUUUUCAUUGUGAUUAUUUUAACUUUAAUUACACAUAUUCAUGAUCCAAUUAAACGACAAUUAAUUGAUGAUUUAGAUGGAGAUCAACAACGAAUAUGGUGUUUAUCUCAAUAUUCAUCCACAUUAACUAUAUACAACAAAUUUAUUACUCUUUUUCAUUUUCUUAUGCCUUUUUCGAUUAAUAUGAUAUCAGCUUUUAUAACUAUUAUAGUAGCAGCUCGUAGUCGUGCAAAGGUUAAAUCAAAACAAGCAUUCAUGGAACAUUUUCGUUUAAAACUUAAACAAAAUAAACAUAUAAUUAUUGCACCUAGUGUUUUAUUACUGUUAAGUUUACCACGUCUUAUUAUUUCAUUCACAUCAGGAUGUAUGAGAUCACCUAGUCAAUCUUGGCAAUAUUUGAUUGGCUAUUUUCUAUCAUUUAUACCAUCAGUGUUAAUAUUGUUUCUGUUUAUUUUACCAUCAGAAGCUUGGGGUCAACAUGUUGAAUAUGAUAAAAUUAAUGUUAUAUUUCAUAUUCCAAAUGAAGAUGAAGUUGAUUUUGCUUGUGAAUUUGUUGAAACAUUUAUGUAUCUUGAACUAAGAAUCUUAAAGGAAAAUCGUACAAAAAUGUCCAAUGAUGAACGAUUACGAUCAUUAACAAUAAUUCAUCCUAUAGUUGUUGGUUAUUUACGUAUGGUUCCACGUAUUGAAAGUGAAGAAAUUAAAAAUCUUGUACCAACGAUUGCUCCAUAUGAUUCAAAUGUUCAAGCUCAAUAUUCUCUUUAUGCUAAAGAACCAAAAUUUAAAGAGAAUCUUCGAAUGCGUCUUCUUAUCGAUAUUGGAGAUUCAAUUGAUUAUCUUAUUGCAUAUCAUUCAGACGAUGCAUCAUCGAUAAACCUUUAUUCUCUUUCAUCAAUGUACUAUGAUAUAUUCGAACAAUACAUAAAUAGAUUAUCUAAUAAUUUAAAUGUUAUUAAAUAUUUAUAUAAAAAUAAAUUAUGUGGUGCACAACAACAUCUUAGAUUUAUUGUUGUACGACGUAUAGUAAUACAAAUUGAAUUAUUUGCAUUGAAUAAUUUUCGAACAUUGACUCAAAUCGAUCAGCAAGUUAUAUUUAAAUUAUCUCUUCAUCGAUACAGUGAAGUAAGUUUAACAUCUAAUAAUUUUUUCAUUUUAAUUCUUGAUCGUAUUAUUGAAUUAUUUAAUAAAUCUGAUGAAGUUGAUCAUUAUGAAAUAAAAGGUUGUUUGUAUAUACUUCUUGGCAAUGAAUCAUUUUUUUUACCGACUAAACAUUCAUGGGAAAUACUUGAAAAAUUAUGA